AUGUAGUGGUUGUACCAUUUGACGAUUCAUUGACAACAGCUCCAGUCGUGGAAGCUUGCCCAGGUUUGUUUUCUGGUGGUUGACACGAUGGGUCCUGUGGUGGUCGACUCGAAUUAAAUUCACAGAUUGACUGAUGAUGCUUUCCUGGGCAUUUGCGGCAUCGUCUAUUGGAGGUGCAUUGGUUUAUUCGAUGACCCUUUCUCAAACAUAAAAAGCAACGUCCUUGUCUCUUCAAAAUAUUCUUUCGGGCUUGUGGAUCUUUAAUCUUCUCACACAAGGCGGAAAAGUGUUCUGCAUCACAAAACACACAACGUAUAUUGCUCCCAUUUUGAUCUCCUGCGAAAAAUGCACCCGUUGUGUGCAUUCUCUGUCUUGGCUGAGUACUUGGAUCCCUUAUCUUCAGAUUACUACUCAUCUCUCUUGCUUGCACUUCACUUUUCAAUACAUUCAAUACUUCUUCGAUUUGCCAAACAUCUUUCGUUGUAACUCGAGCGAUCUGAAGACGAACAUCUGGUGGUAAUUUAGACAUAAUGAUGGGUAUGAGAAAGCUCCAGUAUUUAUCAAAUGUCACUCCCAAAGACUCCAGACCACGAAUAUUGACCCCAACCUUAUCACAUAUCAGACGAAGCUCAGCAGGUUUGUAUCCUAAACAUGUAGGCAGUUGCAAAAGUUCAUCCAUAUGCAUUGAUAUUAUAUGCUGUGUAUUCCCGAAACGUUCUUCAAGAAGAUUCAAUGCAACAUUAUAAUUUGCCUCAGUUAAAGGCAAUCCUUGAAUAACUCUAGCAGCUGGACCUUCCAAAAGUCCUUGCAAAUAAUUAAACUUAUCGAUUGGUGAAAUGUUUGGGUUCUUAUUAACUGAACUGUCAAAACGAUCCCAAAAUGUUCUAAAUUUUGUAAUUUCGCCAUUAAAUUUUUGUAGAACCAACUUUGGUAGCUUUGGGGUCACAGUAAAACUGGAUGGGUAUGAUGGUGCCCCCUCUACUGGCUCUACAGAAAUACUUGUGGGGUGUUCUUCAGUAGGUAAAGGCACAUUCUGCUCGGAAAUACUUUCUUGCUGUUCAGCCAUGUCCGUAUUUUGUGUAGGGGGUGCAUUUAUAUUGCCUGACAACAAGGGCUGUGACGUAAAUGUGUUCAAACACUCAAUCAUACCUCUUAUUUCUAAAAUUCUCGUUCGUAUUGCGUCAGCAUCCUCUAUUUCUUUCUCAAUUUCUUCAACCUUACACAACGACAACAUUUCAUCGUCCAUACCUCGUAAUAAUUUCUCUUUCUCCUCAAGUAAGUUGUCUAAAAUCUUCAAACGUGAACGAUUCAACGUGGUUAUCUCGGGGUUUUCAACAAUCGACUUCGCUUCAUGUAUAAAUUUUGUUGUAACUCCACGAUGCCCCCUUCUUUUUGCCUUUAAACGAUCAAUAUCUGUCUCACUCAUGGUAACGAAUACUUCAAAAUUCAAACGACAAUCAAAUUCAAACGAAAACGAUGUUUAAACGACGAAAAUACGGCCCCACGUUGGGCGCCAUGUUAUGAAUAUGUAAUUAUUUAUUCUAAAACGCGCGAAAAUUAUACGGGCAAUAACAACACAAAAUAAUCGCGACAAAAAUAUCGCUUAAACUAAUAAUCUACAUUACAGGUACGGUGAAUUUCGUGAAAUAUGAAUGAUUGUUUUUUGGUAUUCUGCAUACAGAAAAUCAUGUUUUAAAGUACUAUUUUAUACGUGGUACAUGUAUGCAUAAUUGAACAUGUGCAGGGUGUUAAUGUGAUAGCCCAGUUCUCUUUCAACUUUAUAAUACAAAAUCUAUUUUUGACAAUCCGUUUUAGGUACAGGACCAGCAAGCCUAUCCUGGGAUAACCGUACCUACAAAUGCGCUCGGAUUUACUUAGAGAAGCUCCAACCAACCGUAGCCAAUCACCAUUCCUUUUUACAGCGAAAGAACAAGAAGGAGAAGGAGCCACUUUUCUUUUUGACAACAAAUGGAAAUCCUAUCCCUUCGUCCCAAAUUUCCAACACAAUCACGAAAGUUGCAAAAUUACUGGAUCCAUCUAUUCAGGGAAAUGUUACUGGGAAGCGAAUCAGGAAAUCAGCAGUGUCUCGUCAUCGGCAGCUUGCUGAUUCUGGCGGUUCGAGUGGAUUAUCAAAAGACGAGCUUGCUCGACAGAUGUCACAUUCUACUUCAACAGCAGAAGGACACUACGCCAUGAGGGAUACUGUUAAAGGUAUAAGAUGUUGUCUUGCUGCAGCUCUCCACUUCGAAAUAAUUCGCUGUCAAGCCUUAUAGUUAAAUAGUCCCAUCAUUUCAAUGGAACAUGCAGUAAAAAUUAUGGGACCAUUUGACUUUUCGCAUAGUAAAAUAGCCGAGAUUCAAACUAUUGUGGUAAUUCAACUGACGUUCUUACCGCUCUCGCUGCUUGCACUUAAUUCUCAAAUAUUUACUGUACUUAUCAACACAUUUUCUCAUUUUCAGGUCGCGCCAAAGCAUCCAAUUUUCUUCGUCACAUUGCUCCAACAACCCCCCAAAAAGGUAAGACUUUAUUGUUUUAGAACCAAAUCACUUCAUCGUGCUGAAUUUUGGAACAAUAAAAUUAUGCUAAGCUGCACUGCUAGCUUCUUCCCGAAUUUGCAAUUCGUAAUUCUUGAAAUGAUAAAAAAUAUUUAGUUCCUUGGUAGUAUAUAGUGACAUUUGCUUUUGCGAUUGCAGGGUCCCCAAAGAGAAGAAAAACACAAGGAUCAUGGAAGUAUGUUGAGAGAAGAAAAGUAUCUCCAGAAAAACCUCUUGGGCGUGGUUUCAGAAAACGUGAGUAAUAUUUCAAACAUCAAUCAAGUUUCUCUUGUAUAAAUGUAUAACUUAAAAACUAUCCUUAAACAAGAUGUAUUGCAUUCAGUAAUGUCUAACUUAAAUUCUAAUAUAUACCAUGUGCAUUUUAUGCAAUUUUGACAGAAAUACCCAGGUUUAAAGUUGAGUAACCAUUUUUAGAAGUGUCUUAAUUAAUCUAAUUUAAUUGAUAACAGUUUCAAGUAUUCGUUUUAAUGAAGUGAGAUGAAGUUGAAGUUAUCAAACAGUUAUUGGCAAAUUCGUGAGAAUUAUUUUAUAAGGUUGUUUUGAUUAAAAGUCUUACUCUAAAUAUUCAGUAUCCCUGGAGAAUCAAAUUCUAAUGUUCCAAGAAAGAAAAACGACUUUCCAAUCUCGACUAAGAACAGAGUGGUCGACCGAGAACGGCAAGAGUAGCGGAAAACAUCCAAUUGAUUUCGACAAACGCUUUCACAAAAUGUGCCGAAAGAUCUGCAUUCCCUGAUGAAUAAAUAUUUGUCUCUGAAAAACGAAUUUGUAGCACGUCAAAACAAAAGUGGUUGCUAUUUAAUAUGUUGUUUUUGGCCAGUUCUCGACAAUCAAAAUGUUUACUCAAGUUUGUGUUCAAUCAAAUAUAUAUAUAUAUAUAUAUAUAAAUAUAUAAAUAUAUAAAUAUAUAAAUAUAUAUAUAAUAUAUAUGUAUAUGUAUAUGUAUAUGUAUAUGUAUAUGUAUAUGUAUAUGUAUAUAUAUAUAUAUAUAUAUAUAUGUAUAUAUGUAUAUAUGUAUAUAUGUAUAUAUAUAUACUAUUUAAAGCACGAGAGUAUGAGUGUUUUGUCAGAUAUAAAACACGAGGCGCGGCCGAGCGUUUUAUGUCUGAUGAAACACGACAACGAGUGUUUUGAAUAGUUUAAAAUACGACUACAAAAGAAUACUAAUUAGGAUGAAUAAUUAUAUAAUGCCUCAUGCUUUAUCAGAUAUAAAGUCACUCCAUGUGACAUUAUGGCUGACAUGAUUUGCAACAAGGUUUAUGAAUUAUAUAUAUAUAUAUAUAUAUAUUUUCCUCACAACAGUAAACGUUAAAAAAUGAAUAUUUUUAUUGAAACAUUUCGGUCAAAUAUAUAAUAACUUGCAUAUGAUAAUAUAUAAAAUGUACUGAUAUUCAAUAGCGGUUUAGGUGGUUCGUUAGAAGUCUGGCCUAUAUUUACAUUUCUGACAGACUGACUUUCAUGAACAACUGUUUCCUAAAUAUUUUUAAACGUUAACUUUCUUCAAAUAUCCAGGCAACACUCUCCCGCCUCUUAUUAUUCUUUUAUCUAUCAUUCAUUUUAUAAAUUUUGAGAAAAUUACAUUCGUUUUCAGAUUUUCACACCUUAUAUCAGAUAUAGGAGAUUCUCGUUCACCUACUAAGUAAAAACGUCAGUUCCCAAUGGUGAAGACAUCCAACAGUUAAAAAAUAUAUUUAUAUUUUUAUUAUAUUUUAGGAUUGCAAAAGCAAAUUAGCCCGAAAAAAAGUCCAAAACCAAAGAAAAUCUUUUUCUGGCCAAAAGAAGUGAAUGCCCUCCUGAAUGCCACAAAAUCCCUUCAAAAGGAAAACCGCAAAAUUGAUGUAGAUGUCAUUUGGGACUGCGUCGAAAAGGACAAAGAAUGUCAAAAAUUAAAGAUGAAACAAAAAUAUAGCAAAAUACAAUUAAGUGCUAAAGUAAAAAAGUGCAGAAAGGCAGACAAAAAGAGUAAGGAUAAAAAGUAGAAUAGACGUUUAAAGUAGUAUUAUUUAACAGAUAUCGUAUUUUCCAUUUCAAGAGUUUUGUAUAGGUUUCGAUAUUAUUGCCCAGCAAGCACUUUUCGAAGAAAGACAUAAUAAAUCAUUAAAAUGAUUUUUAAGAGAAAUAUUCAGUAAUAUUUCGACACAUCACAAGCCAAAUCGUGACAAUUUUCACAGUUUUUUCCAAAUAAAAUUACUUGCUUGGCAAUAAUAUUUUUACCUAAAAAGGCAACUGUAGAUAGUGAUAACAAUAAUCAGCAGCUGUCUUGGUCUGUAACGCAACUAACUUAAAAGUACAAGCAAAUAUUUGAUUAUAAAGCCCUAUAAACAAGCCUUCGCUCAAAACGUCAAAGAUUUUCUUGCAUUUUUCAGGUAGCUGAAUUACAGACCAGGAUUGCCGCUAACAAAAUUUUUACUAUACUUCGCUUUCAGCAGCUUUAAAAUAUUAUAUCAUUUCGAAAUAUCACUUAGCUAUAAGUCAUUUGGAGUUUCUGUUUACAUAUUUAAGAGCUAGUCCUAUUUUAUCGUCAGUUAUAAAAAUUGAAAUUAUCACCACAACUUGUUUAUAGGCGCUCUAUAAAGCCAGUGUGAAAAAAUUUCGGCGGCCAUGAACUUUCACUAUUUUGCUCAGUAGCUGAAACAUUUCAAGCAAAACAUGUUCUAAUAGAAAACUAAGCUAUUGACGUGAUUGCAAGGUGUGUCGUUAUAGUUUAUAAUCAUCGUCAACGCUAAUCAUGACAUGCUAAGCAUGACGCAAUAAUUCUUACAUAAAUUAAAGAAUUAACAAUUAACAUAUAUUGGAAAAGGAGGUAAUAUCCUACUUUGCUCUCUUGCUCUGUAUAUAUGCUGUAAGUAAAGUGUUAUGUUUCAUUCUGUCUGAUAAUGACUUUGAAAUAAAGUCAAAAAUUUACAGUUUCAAUUGUUUGCCUUGUUUGUAUUCAUAUCAUGAAUUGCAAGAUGACUUCAUUUUUUGGAAUUUGUUUAUUUUUAUAUUUUCCCAAAUUGUCGGCUGGCUGUGGGUUUUUCCUACUACGUUAUUUGAAUUAAUGUUAUAGAGAUCUUCUUUCCUAAAGUUUUAAAUAAGGGAACUUGAAUGUCAUUAUACCUGAUCACAAAAUUUUGGUGACGCAUACAAUUUUCCCAAAUAUUUUAAUGUUAAAAAUCCGGCAAAUAAAACACUUAAAUAGAUCUUCCAUGAAAAUGUGCAAACACAACCGAUUGUGCCAAAUGCCACGGUGCUAAAUCGCCAACCAACCGAUUGUGCCAAAUGCCAUUACACCAAAAUUUGGACAAAUACCCAUAUUGUGCUAAAUGCCAAACAUAAUUGUGCCAAAUGCCGUAAAUAUUGCACCAAAUGCCACAAAUGUGCCAAUGUAAAUUCAUGUAAAUAUAAAAUACACCUUUGAAUUGAUUAUAAAAUGAUUUAGAAAUACUUUCUCGGACUCUUCUCGUGAAUUCGCCAUCUUUAUAGUAAAGCUUGCGAGUUGCGAAUGCGGGAAUGAGCCCGCAAUCUCAAAAAAAGUUUGUGUUUUUUUCUCUCAAAAAAAGUUUGUUUUUUUCUCUCAAAAAAAAAUUGUUUUUUUUUUCAAAAAAAAGUUUGUUUUUUUUUUCAAAAAAAGUUGGGUUUUUUUCCAAAAAAAGUUUGUGUUUUUUUCUCUCAAAAAAGUUUGUGUUUUUUAUUGAUGGCCCCUCCGGGGCUCCGUAUAUAUCUCUUCAGCUAUAUGUUGGCACACAAUUAUUUCUACAAUAACAAGUAAUAAACCAUCUAUCUCAUGAAAAAGUUCAAUUUACUAAAAUCGGCGGAAGUUGGCUUCAGCCGGCAUGUGUAUGUGUGUGACGGAUGUUACACCAAAUGGACAAACACUUUUACCAUAAAAUUUCAAAUAAAUUUUGUCUUCCAUCUUUGUAUACAAGUUAGAAUAUUUAUGACCCAAAUGCCAUGGCAUUUGGCACAACCGUUGUGCCAAAUGCCACCAAAUUGUGCCAAAUGCCACCCAACAAUCUAUCUAUCUAUCUAUCUAUCUAUCUAUCUAUAUCUAUCUAUCUAUCUAUCUAUCUAUCUAUCUAUAUAUCUAUAUAUCUAUAUAUCUAUAUAUAUAUAUAAUCUAUAUAAUAUCUAUAUAAUAUCUAUAUAAUAUCUAUAUAUAUAUAUCUAUAUAUAUAUAUCUAUAUAUAUAUCUAUAUAUAUAUCUAUAUAUAUAUAUAUAUCUAUAUACAUAUAUAUAUAGAUAUAUAGAUAUAUGUUGUUGUUGUUAAGGGACGAUGCUCUUCGAAAAACCCUUAAGGCUAAGACUCCUUCAUUUCGAGUUCGAUCGGGAUGAAAUUUGACACGAUAAUUCGAAGCAAUAUUCCUCAUCCCUCAUCGUUUUUUAAUUCGGAAUUCGUUUCAGGAGUGACCAUUUCUUAAAAUAAACGUUAAUAAUUUUUUUAACGACGAUUUUUGCAUGAAACGGCUGUGUUAUAAUAACAUAUUCGCCAAGUGAAACUAUAUUAUAUAUAUUAUAAAUUUACGUUACUUACUUUGUGUUCGCGAACAUUAUUCAAACAUUCUUGGGAAACUUGAAAUGUUUCCUGCAGAAAAUUGCAUAUCUGCCAGAGAAAACAAGCGCUUAUCAAUAUGGAUUUAUGUAAAUUCAUGUAAAUAUAAAAUACACCUUUGAAUUGAUUAUAAAAUGAUUUAGAAAUACUUUCUCGGACUCUUCUCGUGAAUUCGCCAUCUUUAUAGUAAAGCUUGCGAGUUGCGAAUGCGGGAAUGAGCCCGCAAUCUCAAAAAAAGUUUGUGUUUUUUCUCUCAAAAAAAGUUUGUUUUUUUCUCUCAAAAAAAAAUUUGUUUUUUUUUUCAAAAAAAAGUUUGUUUUUUUUUUCAAAAAAAGUUGGGUUUUUUUCCAAAAAAAGUUUGUGUUUUUUUCUCUCAAAAAAGUUUGUGUUUUUUAUUGAUGGCCCCUCCGGGGCUCCGUAUAUAUCUCUUCAGCUAUAUGUUGGCACACAAUUAUUUCUACAAUAACAAGUAAUAAACCAUCUAUCUCAUGAAAAAGUUCAAUUUACUAAAAUCGGCGGAAGUUGGCUUCAGCCGGCACGUGUAUGUGUGUGACGGAUGUUACACCAAAUGGACAAACACUUUUACCAUAAAAUUUCAAAUAAAUUUUGUCUUCCAACUUUGUAUACAAGUUAGAAUAUUUAUGACCCAACAUUCAACCACAAAGUGAAUUAAAUAUCUUGGAGGGUUUUUACUGUCAAUCUCCUUUCCAGGGGGGCCAAGACCAAAAUGUGCUGUGAUGGAUGUUACAAAAUGGUCAUGUUUAACAAUCAACUAUAAAAUUCUGGCAAAAGCCAAAGUAACUUUUUAAUAUUGUUAUAUAGAACAGGCAACUUAUUUAUAAUUAUAUAUUAACUUAAACCGGGCAUUCACCAAAAUGGGUGGAUUCAAUCCUUUCACAAUUUGAUCUCUCAAAUGGAAAAUUUUGUCUUCUUGUGCAGGCCAUUUCCAAUAUCUUCCAGCUUUGAUAAUGGCUGACACCUCAUAUUUCUCUCCAACCACUGUUUGAAUUUCUCCAGGAAAUAACUGAUUGUUGUACUCGACCACACAACAACCUGACACUACAAAUUCAUCGGCGGACUUGUCAGGAUCGUUCUUGGCAUCUUUGGUCAUAACAUAACCAUGGCAAACGGAGUCAAUUAUUUUUAUGUGGUGGAAUGACUUAAGAGAGGAUGUCCACAAAAAUCAAACAUAAGGCGGCCACGACGGAAAAAUUGAUUUUGCUCAAAUUUUGCCCAGAUAUACCUUAAUAUAUCGGAAAAUGCACCAUAUAUUUUUUUAGGUCAAAUGCUUUUUUAACUUUGAGAAAAUGACGUUUUAACACGACCACCCUAAAUCACCAUUUUGUCUGGGAAAAUAUGCGCUGAUUUUACCGACAAAUUUCACGACGACAACCGCUUCUAAUCGAUCGAAAACCCUAAAAAUCUUGUUUUCGGUUAUUCAAAGGACCGGGUACGCGACUUACAGGAAAUUUGAGUUACUUUUAGGAAUAGAAAUAAUCGUAGUUUUGGAGCACACUAUCUUACUUCAUUUACGAUACCCUCUUAACAAAACCGAUUUUCACCAUGGGAUAAAGCUCCAAAUCGAUCAUGCUUCUACUAGUUGGCUCUUUAAUAAACAAGCUUUCAAUUGACGUAAAUACUUCUUUGGGCAAGUGAAUACGCGAUAAACGACAGCGCGUUGAAAUCGUCCGUUUUUGACGUCUUGCAAGUCAAACGCUGUUAAUUUACAUAUCGUCGAAGUAAACAAUUUAUUAAUCAAGUAUUCUAAGUAUUUUACCUUUUGAGAAGAAGAUAUAUUCCUGAAUGAAUGGACACUUUUUGCUUUGCUAAGUUUAAAAUUGGUCCAAAAAUCCCAAUAUAGUUGUGAAAUUUCAACAUAUACAGGUAUUUUGAGAUAUAAUAUUGUUGUCAGUUGCAUGAUAACUUCAGAUCACUGUUCAAUAUUGUCUACUUUUAAUAGCGCUAACAUACAAACCGAUGAGCUGUUUAGGGAUUAUAUUUGUUGUUAAAUUUACCAAAAUAAUUAGAACUACAACUGCUGUUUUCAGAGGUUUUGUUCCAUUUUGUCCAUAUUAAUUAAUGUACCAUUUUAUGUAUCCACUAUAAAUGUUUACGAAGACGUAAGUUAAUUAUUAAGAAGCUGUUAGCGUGCGUGUACAUGAAAUGAACGUUUAUAGUUUCCCGUCUAAGACGAGUUUCGCGUCCCUAAUAUGAAUUCGGCUAUUCAAAUAUAAGGGCUGGUAAACUAAAAAUAAAAACUCCUUAUAUGGAACUUUCCCCUCUGUUUAGACCGGUAAGUUAUAUAGACGGGAAUGUUCGGAUGCGAAACUCGUCUGUGCCCGGAUUCAUAUCAGACGAGUUCCCGUCUAAUACGAGUUUCCCGUCUCUAAUAUGAAUUCGGCUAAUGUGUGUUAAAACUUCAAGGUUUAAACUAUUGAUCUCAUUAAAAUCCCACAGACCACAACGAUUAUACGUAUUGAUUGUUUCUUGACGAUAGUAGAUGCAUAUGCAUGCAUGUUGCGUAAGAGGUCUGUUAUUUCGCUGGCCUCAGAAUGACAAAACGUAACAAAGCUUUACACUAACCCUAUUCCAAACACCAACUUUAUAACUUAACCCUAAUCCCUACCAUAACCCUUGCUCGUUAUUAAAUAACAUACUGUAGUAAAUAAUUUAAUCACCAUUUCUAAGUCUUUUACUUUUUCGGGACAAAAAACUACUUGAAAAAGAACAGGGCUUUAAAAAUUAUUUGAAGUAGAUAGUUAUGAUAAGACAGGGGUGGCGCCAGGGCCACCCAUGCAGGGGGGGGUGGCAAAGGGAGCAAUUUUCUCCGCGACCCCAGCUCAAGGAGGGCCGGCAAAUACAAAUUUGCAAGGGAUAAAAAGUUUGUCGACGGAUGGGGGAAUAAUUGUGGUUCACCGGGGUAUAAUUGGUAUAAUUGGCCCUGGGCCCCCAUAUUUCACUGAGCUGGCCUGGGCUGCACCAGUAAUUCUCCGACGGGGGAAGUCAUCGGUGCUCUCUUUCGAUCUUUGGCAAUUGGCAUUAAAACCACAAGAACUACAGACAAGUGACCGGGGCUGGAUUAACGUCGCGCGAGGCUCGUGGCAGAUUUUAGCGCGAGGUCCCCCCCUUGUUAUGAAAACCUUUGAAUUUAAAGACAAACAAAAUUGUUAAAUAAUUUUUUUCAAUAUUUCAAUUUAUUGGCAUCAAUUAUAAACGAGACAAUGGCCUGCCUGGCCCAGUUGUUGGGGCAACAUGUAUAAACAGGAUCAUAAUAUAACAGUUCAACGCAACUGGAGAUUAUAUGCACACGAGUAUUGCAUAUUUUCCCGGGGCCGUGCUGGGACCAACUGCCAAGCCUAGGCGCCCUAAAUGCACGAGGUCCCUAAAUUCGCGAGGCACCUAAAAUGGGUGUGUCCCAAUAGAAAAUGGUCGUGUUCUCCUAAAAGUGGGCGUGGCACAGUAAAGCGCGAGGCCCCCAUAAGCGCGAGGCCCGUGGCAUUUGCCGCAUCUGACACGUGGUUAAUCCGGCGUUAAACGAGCAACAAGCUUCCAUUUUCUUUAAACGCGACGUGUGGGGAGACAAUAAUAAUUUCUGGUGUCGCACUGGGGUAACAUAUCUCAAUGCUGUAUUUUUGGGUACUAGUACUUGUGGAAUAUAAUAAGAUCAAUAAACAAUAGUGUAUCAAAAUAAAGUAAUUUUACGGAUUAUUUUAACUGUGCAUCAAAGUGAACACACAUUAAAAUAAUUAUUCUAAACUAUUUGCUAUAAUUUGAGUUUGAGGUGGUUGAAUAUAUAAUAAAAUAACAAAUCUUGUAUGGAUUAAUGUUCAUUUCAUGUGCACGCUAUUAACAGCUGCUUAAUAACAAGACGCCUGCUCAGGCGUUCACACUGGCCUGAAAAUAACGAGAUACGUGCUAUGGUGCAAAAGGCAGGAAUACAAAUCUUAAACCGCAAGCAAAUUUUAUGGACUUUUUUUAAAAAAUAAAAGACCUUUUCGGGAGACGUUAAUGGUGCAAGUCUAUAACUAGGAGUUACUAUCGCAAGGAAAGUGCUGCCUUUUUGGCGUAUGAACUGAAUGCAAAAAUUUAUACUUCUACACAAUUCUCGGUUAUAUCCCCAGUUUCCUUCUUGUUCAUCAUUUAAGCCCGUUCACAAACUCAUUCUUAAAUUGUGUGCACGGAAUACGAGUAAAUAGCCAACAUGAAAAUGAAGCCAUUGGGUCAAAAGUGGAUAUUAAGGUCUAUUAGCUGCCAAUGCACACUACUUUCGUAUUAACUCUGGCUAACGCCACACCAAUUUACACUGUAACGCCAGACGAUUUUACUUGUUAGUGGCAGAGUACUGUCAGUAAAUGGGUUAACAAACACAUCUGCCAAUGUCUCUUAUUAACCCAUUAACAGGCAAUGCACCCUGCUUUAGUAUUCUUUAGUGACUCUUCAGAAUUUGCUCAGAGUCAAUGUGAGUAAAAUACAUCUUGUAUUCAAGCGCUUUCAUAUACAAAGUUUCGUUUGAAUACGGCACAGAGUAGGAAUAUUUAUUUUGAAUUUUUCAGAAUAUCGGGUUUUUACUCGCACGCACGUUUAUAGCUCGAUCAAUGCACGUGCAAAUCAUGCCGACCUACAGAAUCGAUUUCCAGUUUUUCCUAAACAGCGCAUUGUUUUGAUGUGCGUUCCAUGGGCCGCGCUAAAAAUAUAAAUAUUCUGUAAAUACCGAAAUAAAAGAUGACAAUCUCAAGACACAAGCUUGAAAAUAACACUAUAAAUAGUGUUUUCGAUUCUGGUUCCAAUAAUAUACGAUACGGAUACGUGAUCGCGCUUAGCGUGCGCACACACACUGGGCGCUCUGCAAAACUCUUUGUUUUGUACCUUUAUAACUCAAGAUUGAAAUCAAAUUGAAAUUGAAAAUUGUGGAUAAGAACAUUGUGUGUGGUAAUCUGAGGUUUGCAAACAGUUUUUGUAAUUAUAUUAGUCGAAAAAGUAACAAAUUUACGUGGAUUUGGUCUUUUCAAUUGUCAUUAAAAGACUUUCCGUUGACAAUCGCCAGCGCGUGCGUGACUGUGUGCUGACGCUAUUUAACCAGCUAACGAAUUCCUGCUGACCUGAAUCGCGCAAUUUAUCGUGAAAUUGUUGUUUUUUGCGCGUAAAUUGGAUUACGAUCAAUUUGAACAUGGUGUUCAACAAUUACUGUAAAACUCCUGGCUGUUCGUUGUAUUUUGGUAUUGUGUGGAUUUUAAUUUUAACCGCAAUCAUCUUGUUAUCUGAAAAAUCGAAGCUUGGAAGUGUAUAUUACGACGAAAAAACUACUUUUUCAAACAUUUCUAUCAGCUCCGAACUUGCAUCAAUAUCUGAUAGACUGUGUUUGCUUUGGACAUCUACGCGCGACCGUAUUAUUCAAAAAUAUAAUUUUCCAUUGAAGAAUUACCAUCGUUAUGGACUGCAGUUUCAUAUCAAGAAUAAUUACUCACAGCUCUUCCUAUGUAUUUUACUUGCUGGUGAUGUUGCCAUCAAUCCUGGACCGACCAUAACUUCAAAUCGGAUAUCUGAUUUAAAAUCGAACCCAUUAAACGCUCUACCUUAACGCAAGAAGUUUAAAAGCCUUUGUUCCCUCAGAUAACGAUCACUUGUCUAAAGUAUGUAAGAUUACAUUACUACAUCUGGUCUACAGUGGAACAUAUGACUUUAUCUGUAUCUGUGAAACAUGGCUUAAUGAAACUGUUCUCAGUAGUGAAUUGUUACCUGGAUACUCUAUUUUCCGUCGUGACAGAGUGGGAAAGAUUGGUGGCGGUGUGCUUGUUGCGGUAAAAAGUAAUAUACAUGCUACUCGUCGAAUGGAUCUUGAAAGAGAAAAUGUGGAACUUGUUGUCGUAGAAUUUGCCACGGAAAGCAACAAAACAGCUCUCCUUUAUACCUUUUAUCGUCCUCCUAAUUCCUGCCCUGAUGUAAUACAAUAUCUAAAUGCAUCGCUUCAAAGUAAUCCUCAAUCUAGCUGCAUUAUCUUGAUAGGAGACUUUAAUCUUCCAGCAAUUGACUGGUCUCUCGAUCAACCAACGCCUGCAACUAAUGGAGGUCAACUUGAAGAGUCAUUUUGUAAUUUGGUAGCUGUUAGUUUCCUACAACAAUUUAUCUCUGGUUCCACACACAUUGAUGGUAACAAGCUUGAUCUGCUGCUCUGUAACUGUCCUGAGAUUAUCAAAAACGUAUCAUCACUUCCACCCGAACAAUUAACUUUUCCAACCGAUCAUAACAUCAUCGAAUUCGAGGUCCAACAUUCGUUUCGUCGUGCUAACCCAGUAACACGCACUGUCUUCGAUUAUAGGCGGGGAAAUUUUGAUGAGCUCCGCAGUUACUUAACAUGCAAGCCCUGUGAAACUAUUUCAUCUGAUGAUAUUAACGAGUGCUGGUCACAAUGGAAAGAAUGGUUUCUAAAUGCUGUUCAGAAAUAUAUCCCUGUUAAAAACUUUAAGGACAAAAACUCGCCUCCCUGGAUUGACGGAGAAGUAAGAUACCAUAUUUGAAAGAAAUAUGCUGCCCUGAAGAAAUAUAGGAAAACUCGAACUGACUAUCGUAAGCAAAAGCUGCGUGAAAUAAGUCAAACUAUCAAAUAUCUAGUUCGAACGAAACAUUGUGACUACUUACUUAAGAUUAAGGAGUCUUUCCGCAGCAACCCGAAACUGUUCUGGAGCUAUCAUAAAGCUGUUUUUCAUCACCGGUCAACUCAAAACGCUGUCAUUUCACAUAGCGGCAUUGUGGCAAAAACACCUACUGAGAAAGCCGAACUUUUUAACUCCUACUUCUCGUCAGUUUUCCAACCUUCAACGACUAAUCAAGCUACUAACUCCCGCAAUUCUCGACUACCAACCGAUUCACAACUAAGUGAGAUCACACUCGAUGUCGAAGAAGUUGUAAACAGUCUGUUGAAUCUGAAUGUCUCAAAAGCUAGUGGCCCUGAUGGAAUUCCUGCCCGCCUUCUGAAAGAAUGUAGUCAUCAAAUCGCUCCAAGCCUUUGCACUCUUUACAACCAUUCACUAAGAUCUGGACAUAUUCCUUUUGAGUGGAAAUCAGCAGAUGUUACUCCAGUGCACAAGAAGAAUUCCAAAGAACCAGCUGUGAACUACAGACCAAUCUCGCUAUUGCCCAUCAUUAGUAAGACCCUACAACGGUGCAUUUACUGGAGAUUUUAUGACCAUGUUGUGAACCUUAUCAGUCCAUCUCAACACAGUUUUCUGAGAAAUCGCUCGUGUGUCACCCAACUCCUGUCAGCUUUCCACUCUAUCGGGCAAGAUCUUGAUAAGAAUACUGGACUUCUGAUAUUGACUUCAAUAUCUUGAUAAGAAUACUGGAUAAGAAUACUGGACUUGUACCUGGACUUCGUCAAAGCGUUUGACUCCGUUGACCAUAAUAUCUUACUGGAUAAGCUGCGUUGGUAUGGCGUGACAGGAUCUGUUCUUGAUUGGUUCGCUGACUAUUUAAACGGUAGGACUCAGAGAGUUGUUGUAGAUGGAGUAGCUUCUGCAUGGUCAUUAGUCACUUCAGGUGUGCCUCAGCGAAGCAUUCUUGGACCAGCUUUGUUCAUUAUAUUCAUUAACGAUCUCCCAGACAUCAUACAUAACGGAACUGAAAUUGCCCUGUUCGCGGACGAUACGAAAAUUCACAGACAUAUUAUCUCGACUCGCGACUGUGAAAGCUUACAACAUUCAUUGGUCAAGUUAGAUCUGUGGAGUAUGGAAAACAAUCUCUUCUUCAAUGCCUCUAAGUGUAAAGUCCUCACCGUCACACGAAAGAAAACGCCUAUCAUCUACGAAUACACCCUUGGGACCGAAAAGCUAACUCGGGUUGACCAUGAAAAGGACCUUGGUAUUACGACUACUACAAAACUCUCAUGGAAACUACACAUAAACACCAUGGUUGCGAAGGCCAACAAAAUGUUAGGUAUACUAAAAAGAACCUGCACUAGUAUUACAGACAUGAACACCCGGCGAACUUUGUAUCUGUCACUUGUGAAGUCCCAGUUGUUGUAUGCUUCGGAGGUGUGGUCACUGGUUAACAACGUUCAGCUAUCAAGACAAGUAGAGAAAGUCCAACGGAGGGCAACCAAGUGGAUACUAAUGAACAGAGAGAUGCCUUACAAAGAACGGCUGUCGUCGUUAAACCUGCUACCAUUAAGUUACGAUAGAGAAAUGAAGGACUUAAUAUUCUUUUAUAAAGCUUUAUUUGGUUUUAUAAACGUGAACUUGAGUAACUAUGUGUCGUUUGUCAGCCGUGGUCGUACUCGAUUGAGUCUUUCCUCUGAGUAUAUCCUUCAAAACCCACUGUGUAAAACUACCACUUUUCAAUCCUCCUACUACAACCGUAUUGUCAAUAUCUGGAACACUGUAUCUCAAGAAGUAUCUCUUGACAGUUUCUCUAGACCUAGUUCUUUUAAAUGUUAUCUCAAGCACAAAUAUUCAAACUUAGUUAACUCUAUUUAUGACGCAGACGUGUCUUGCACGUGGUCUUUGACUUGGGACUGCCGUUGCCACAGGUCCUAA